AUGACACGGAAUGGAAAAAGACUCCAGAGACUAUGUCUGCUGAUAACGCUUGCAUCUUGCUCAACAUUUGCACCAGCGCAUCGGACACUUCGUAGAUCAUUACAACCGUUGCGCUUUCAGAAUGAAGUGGACGAACAAUUGUUAUGGGAUUUGCCAAUCACGACUCCGUUCAAUCCAAACAACGAAACGCCGAUUGGCAAACUCUUCAAAAACACUUACGUGAUUGAUCGUCAGAUUGAAUGUGGCUCUGAGAAAAUACAACUCUAUGAAGCGUUUCACGUCCGUGAUGACGGGAAAGCGUACCCAAUGAUCGUGAAGCUUUCCAAGAACAUUGGAAGCAUCCAAGUGGAACACGAGGUCUACAGAACCAUCGAAAGUCAACUUCGUGACGAUGAAAGGGAUUGCUUUGUGCAAAUCUAUGAUCUCAUUGAAGAACCGAAUUGCAUCCCUGGCAAAAGUGCUCUUGUCCUCGAAAAGGGCGAAGAAGACCUCCGAACGCACAUUCAAAGAUUGGGAAGGUUUCAGGGUCCAGAGCUCCGAUCCGCCAUGCAAAAAGUCAUUCGCAUCGUUGAAGCUCUUCAUAGCAAGGGAAUGGUAUGGACGGAAAUCAAGGCUGAGAAUUUCAUUGUCCAAAGGGAUGGGACGAUCAAAGGGAUUGACUUGGAAUCUGUCAUUUACCACCAGAAUUAUUUGCAAAUGUACACUGCCGAAACGGUGCCCCCGGAGUUUCCUUUAGCAGACUUAUAUCAAUGCGUACCAAGCAUCCAACCAGACUUUUCCUUUGAUAUAUGGGGCCUGGGCAUUGUAAUGUUUGAAAUGGCCACUGGAAAUUCAUUCUUUGAUGGGGGUCUCAAGGAUAUCGAGUUUAUUAAGGAAAAACUAUAUUACAUAGAUGAAAUCGAGCCGUUUGUGCAAAGAAAACUCUGGCAGGUCGAUCCAGGCGCCAGACAAAUAAUCGAGCAAUGCUUGAGAGUAGAUGCUAGUGUUAGGUCCUCUUCAAUGGAACUGCUACAAUUUCCUUACUUUUCCGAAGCCAGGAGAGUGACACCCACCCUACCUGCCAUCCCGCAAAGGAACGAUGCGCAAGUCUCGAACAAGGCAGAGCAACAGUCCGAUCAUUUGCAGCACCAACGAAUGGAAGGACGGCAGGGUGGUGUAUUGGAUAUUGGCUUAUCACAGCGGGUAGAUGCAGUUGUCCGGGCAUUCCAGAAGUAUGCCCGAAAGAAUCCCAGCAGCGAAGGGAUAUUCUCUCACAUUUUUCAGUGGACGGCGGACCCGUCACUUCCUCAAUUGUUUUCGCCUCAAAACCAUGACAUUUCUACGCAACGGUUUGAAUCAGUCUUGAUGGCAAUCAAUACAGUGGAGAAAAUUGAUCCACAGGCUGCAAGAGAAUUUCUUUACAUUCUUCAUCAAACAUUUCUCUGA